AUGGACUUGGAACAUUCAUAUAUUUUCCCAAAAUUUAGUGAAUUGCCGCUGGUUCCCAACACCCCGCAAGGCUGCCUCUGGGGCUUUUACGAUCGAUAUGGGAAAAAGGAUGAAGUAGGGGCCAUUAAUCUCCUCACUACCUCCGUGGUAAGAGAGGCCAGCAAGGAAAUUCAGACAGGACAUCAUGUCCAACUUGACUGGCCGCUACAUAAUCAAGAGUUCCCGGGGUACAAUCGCAAACGCUUUGAGCACAAGAUCAUCGACCACAAACCCCUCGGCAUAUGUGGCUUUGAUGACGAAAUCCACAUGAAUACACAGAGCGGCUCGCAGUGGGACGGACUGAAACAUGACGGCUACGGCAAUGGUCGCAAUGUGUUCUACAACGGCCUGACUUAUGAGGAGGCGAGCCGAUCUACCACGAACGGAACACAUAACUGGUGCGAGAGGGGCGGCAUUGUCGGUCGAGGCAUCUUGGUGGACAUGGUCAGAUUUUACGAGAGGAGAGAUGGGCAAGCCCCGGAUCCGUGGACGCGGCAUGAGAUCCCGCUGGAAGACCUCCAGACCGCCCUCAAGGAUCAAGGCACGGUGCCUAGGCAGGGUGACAUCUUGAUGAUUCGUUCAGGCUACGUUAAGCGUCACAAUGAAGCGAGUUCCAAAGAGCGGGAAGCCUGCACGUUCGGUAUAGGUAAACCGGCCAUCGGGGUAGCCGCGGACGAGGAAACUGUUCGGUGGAUGUACGACCAGCACUUUGCGGCCCAUGUUGGCGAUACAGUGGCAUUUGAAGCAUGGCCGCCGUCUCCGGCCAGGGACUACAGCUUCCACAACUGGUCGCUUGUCUGGUGGGGGACACCACUGGGAGAGCUCUGGGACUUGGAACGUUUGGCAGUAGCUUGCGAACGGCAUGGCCGGUGGUCGUUCUUCUUCACCAGUGCUCCUCUGCACGUCAAGGGCGGAGUGGCGAGCCCCCCAUGCGCGAUUGCUGUAUUCUGA